CGCCAGAGGUGUGCAGUAGCAAGAAGGGAUUAGCAGUAGAUAAAAGUUUUAUUUCCUUGUUUCACAUUAAUAUCUGGUUAAAUGAAUUGCAAACUUUCAUCACUCUAUGUGGGUGAUUUGCACCCUGAAGUGACGGAGCAUAUGCUGGAAGAAAAAUUCAGUCCUGCAGGCCAAAUUCACUCUGUCUGGGUCUGCAAGAACCGGAACAAUGGUGCUUCAUUUGGCUAUGCAUAUGUAAACUUUUACCACCGGGCCGAUGCUGCACGAGCAUUGGAAACACUUAAUUAUGAUCUCCUCAUGGGAAAGCCCAUGAGAAUCAUGUGGUCUCAGAGGGAUUCUACCAUAAGAAAGAGUGGCAUUGGAAACUUGUUCAUCAAGAACUUGGAUUUGUUGACAAUUGACAGCAUGGCCCUUUUUGACCUCUUUUCAGUCUUUGGGAAAGUCCUGUCAUGCAAGAUUGUAGCUUACAAGACAGGGACAAAAGGGUACGGCUAUGUCCAAUUUGAGACUCAAGAGGCAGCGAAUUUGGCAAAGGAAAGACUCCAUGGCAAACUCUUCAACAACCAUAAAGUCUCUGUUGAACACUUUAAAUCGCGUGAGGAGCGUGAGGAGCAUGAGGAGCAUGAGGAGCUUGAGGAUCGUGAAGAGCAUGAGGAGCAUGAGGCUCCACCUCAGGUUCCAGCUGUAAAACAGAGUCCAGUUCCACCUCAAGUUUCAGCUGUACAAUGGAGUCCAGCUCUACCUCAAGUUCCAACUGUAGAACGAAGUCUUGCUCCAGCUCAAGUUCCAGCUGUAGAACAGAGUGAAGCUGCUGCUCAAGUUUCAGCUGUAGAACUGAGUCCAGCUCCACCUCAAGUUUCAGCUAUGGAAGAGAGUCCAGCUCCACAUCAAGUUCCAGCUAUGAAAGAGAGUCCAGCUCCAGGUCAAGUUAAAGCUGUAGAACAGAGUCCAUCUCCACCUUCAGUUCCAGCUGUAAAACAGAGUCCAGCUUCACCUCAAGUUCCAGCUGUAGAAGAGACGCCAGCCCCACCUCAGGUUCCAACAGUAGAACUGAGUCCAGCUCCACCUCAAGUUCCAGCAGUGGAAGAGAGUCCAGCUCCACCUCAACUUCCAGCUGUAGAACCGGGUCCAGCUCAAGUUCCAGCUGUAGAACAGGGUCCAGCUGUACCUCAAGUUCCAACUGUAGAACCAAAUCUUGCUCCAGCUCAAGUUCCAGCUGUAGAACAGAGUCAAGCUGCAGCUCAAGUUCCAACUGUAGAACCGAGUCCAGCUCCACCUCAAGUUCCAGCUGUAGAAGAGAGUCCAGUUCCAGCUCAGGUUUCAGCUGUAGAACAGAGUCCAGCUUCACCUCAAGGUCCAGCUGUAGAAGAGACGCCAACCUCACUUCAGGUUCCAACAGUAGAACAGAGUCCAGCUCCACCUCAUGUUCCAGCUGUAGAACUGAGUCCACCUCAAGUUCCAGCUGUAAAACAGAGUCUAGCUGCAGCUCAAGUUCCAACUGUAGAACCGAGCCCAGAUCCAACUCAAGUUCCAGCUGUAGAAGAGAGUCCAGCUUCUUCUCAGGUUCCAGAAAUGGAAGAGAGUCUAGCUCCAGCUCAAGUUCCAGCUGUAGAACAGAGUCAAGCUGCAGCUCAAGUUCAGACUGUAGAACCGAGUCCAGGCCCACCUCAGGUUCCAACAGUAGAACCGUGUCCAGCUCCACCUCAAGUUCCAGCUAUAAAACAGAGUCCAGCGCAAGUUCCAGCUGUAGAACAGGGUCCAACUCCACCUCAAGUUAUAGCUGUGGAUAAGAGUCCAGCUCCAGCUAGAGUUCCAGGUGUAGAAAUGAGUCCAGCUCAAGUUCCAGCUGUAGAAAUGAGUCCAGCUUUAGCUAAAGUUUCAGCUGUAGAAGAGAAACCAAAUCCACCUCAAAUUCAAUCUGUGGAAAAGAGUCUAUCUCCACCUCAAGGCCAAAAUGCAGUUAAAGUGCCUUCAGCAUCUGUGAGUGAAAUCUAGAUGGCCAUGGACACAUCAUUACGGGCAAAACACACAUACACAAAAUUAUUCAUAUCAAAUUUAGGACUGAUUUGUAAAAUGUGGUUGAAGUAACAAGAAUAUAUUUUCAUAAUAUUCCAAGUGUUUUGCCCCUGAUGAACUGCAGAUCUUAAAAUGACGAUUUCACUUUGUCCUUGUGGAAACAAAACCCC